AUGUCAGCCAGAACUGCAUCAGUAGAGAGGAAGACCAGCGAGACAGAGAUCAGCUGUACCAUCGACCUGGAUCAUGUCCCAGGUGUUACAAAACAAACCAUCGAGGUGAACACCGGUAUUGGCUUCCUUGACCAUAUGUUCACAGCGUUAGCCAAACAUGGCGGCAUGUCCCUUACUCUUAAAUGUAAGGGUGACUUACAUAUCGAUGAUCACCAUACUGCCGAGGAUUGCGCCUUGGCGUUAGGAGAAGCUUUCAAAAAGGCUUUAGGUGAAAGAAAAGGUAUAACAAGAUACGGUUUCGCCUACGCUCCCCUUGACGAGUCGUUAUCACGAGCUGUAAUUGACAUCUCGUCUCGGCCCUACUUUGUCUGUCACCUGCCCUUCACGCGAGAAAAGGUUGGAGAUUUAUCGACUGAAAUGGUAUCGCAUCUUCUACAAUCAUUCGCUUUCGCCGCCGGCGUUACAUUACACAUCGACUCCAUUAGAGGAGAGAACAAUCAUCACAUUGCCGAGUCAGCAUUUAAGGCUCUCGCCCUUGCCAUUCGUAUGGCUAUCAGUAGGACAGGUGGUGAUGAUGUCCCAAGUACGAAAGGCGUUCUUGCUAUAUAA